AAAAAAAAAGGAAUACAAGGGUAGGAGGUUACUCUCGUUUUCGAGGGUUUGUUGGGAGAAAAGGAAAGCUAAAGAAAGUCACUGAAGAAGAAGCAACAGCCCAUUUCUGUCUCUUUAAAUUCUCCGUUGAAAUUGAAGCUUUUGCCUCUCAACCAACCUCCUACAUUGCUGUCCUUUCACAUCAUUAUUUAUUUUUACCUUCCUUUUUCCUCUCAAUUUUCCUAUUUAGGUUUUUAUGUCUAAAUAAGUGAUCAAGACGCUGGAAAUUCUUAUCUCUGUCAUGAUUUCGACGAUUCACGCCUCCAUGUGGUGUCAAAACCGUUCUUGUUGGCUAAUUAAUGGGUUUCUAGCUGGUCUGCGCCGCUGAUUUUGGUUUGGUUUGGUUUGGUUAGUUUUUAUUUUUGGGGGGAAAUAGUGGGGUAUCAGAGGUGAAAUUGCAGUGAGUGAGUGAGUGGACGAAUUAGGGGAGGGCAUGUAUAUCGAGGAACUGAAGGAAGGGGAAGUGGAUGUGAGAAGCGUAGAUGAUAAAUUGCGAGAUGAUAUGGAUGGUUCUUGCAGUGAUGCGAAACGGGUUUUGGUAGGAGCAGGGGCUCGCGCUCUUUUUUACCCAACCCUCUUGUACAAUGUUCUAAGGAACAAGAUUCAAUCGGAGUUUCGGUGGUGGGAUAGGGUUGAUGAGUUCAUAUUGUUAGGUGCCGUUCCCUUUCCUACUGAUGUUCCUCGCUUAAAGGAACUUGGCGUUUCUGGAGUUGUUACCUUGAAUGAACCGUAUGAGACUUUGGUACCAACAUCGCUAUAUCAUUGGUUGUAUGGUUUCCAAACAAAUUGUGUUCUCAAAGAGCCAAUGGUAGUAGUAGCAGCCAGCAUAUGUCACAUUCCGCUGUCCUAUUUUUUUUAUCACAAACACACAAAGACAGAUAUAUGCCGAGCAGUAAAUUUCAUUCAUGAAAAUGCCUCCCAGGGAAAGACAACAUAUGUUCACUGUAAGGCCGGCAGGGGGCGCAGUACAACAAUUGUUCUCUGUUACCUUGUACAACACAGGCACAUGACUCCUGACACUGCAUAUGAAUACGUAAGGUCUAUUCGGUCGAGAGUUCUUUUGGCUUCUUCCCAGUGGCAGGCUGUUCAAGAUUACUAUCUUCUCAAGGUGAAGGAAACUGGCAGCAUCAUAGCAAGGAAAAGUAUAGAUUUUCUAAUUCGGGAGGAGGCCAAACAGGGUACAGAAGCCUCUGAUGAUAGCACAUUUGUGGUGGUAACAGAUUCAGAUCUUGAUGGAUAUGAUGUUGGUUGUGAAACAGUUGUAGUGAAUGACAAGAUGUUGGGAGAACUUAGCCUGGCCUGCAGGGUUCAAUUUGCCAGUCAGGCAGCUAUGUCCAGAAUUUCAUGCCUGUGGCUUGGGUGCAUUGCAAACCAUAAACCCUCUAAUAAAAAACAUGGAAGCUCUCUCUGCAAUGAUCAAUUGAGAAGCCUAACUGUUGACAUCCGAGUUUAUUGAGACAUCAAAAUCUACUGGGUGUUGCUUCUAGGAUUGGGUUUUGUUUUGUUAUGUUUUGUUUUUGCUUCCCCUUUUUCUGGUAAACACUAGGAAAAGUGAAUAUUUUAAGAGACUAAUUUCUUUCUUUUUUUCCUCUUUAUUGUGAUUUUGCUGGUUUGGAUAAGUGUGACUGGGGCUAUGAAGGAGAUUGUAGCAUCCCUUUGUUGUUGUGAAGAUGCUUGUAAUGAAGCAGCAUAGAUUUCUUGAA